AUCACGCGACGAUCAGAUCCACUACACUUCUCCUGUCGGGACUGUAUUUAACAACAAUUCCGUUUAGUGCAGAUUACCCCUUUCAAAUAUGUCUCCGAAUACUCGGACGGAUUAACUCGGUAGUGUAGCAGAUUUGUUUUCACUUUAUCUUCAAGUCCUUCUAAAAAAAGUUACUCGUAAAUGUAGUCGUACGCUAGACGUCGCGAAGUAAAUUGAUCUCGGCAGUUGCCAGUCUGACUGCGGGCGGCUAGCGCUCGAGCUGCCGCUAGCCUGAGCCUCUUAAAGUCCGACUUUUUAAAGAGCUCGAGAGGGGAGACACAAAGUAAACAUGGAGUUAGAGGACGGUGUCCUAUACCAGGAGGACCCGGGAACUUCUUCCAUGAUGUCCGAGAGGGUGUCCGGGCUGGCGAGUUCAAUCUACCGUGAGUUCGAGCGGAUGAUAGGCAAAUACGACGAGGACGUGGUCAAGGAGCUCAUGCCGCUGGUCGUUGCGGUUCUGGAGAACUUGGACUCGGUCUUCGCCGAAAACCAGGUGCACGAGGUGGAGCUGGAGCUGCUGAAGGAGGAUAAUGAGCAGCUUGUCACGCAGUAUGAACGGGAGAAAGCGCUGAGGAAGAGCGCCGAAGAGAGGUAUAUCGAAUAUGAGGACUCUCAAGAGCAAGAGAAGAAAGAUCUGCAGAACCGUGUGCUGCUACUUGAGGCACAGACUAGACAGAUGGAGAUCAAGAUCAAGAACUAUGCUGACCAGAUUGGAAGAUUAGAAGAACGUGAAGCUGAGCUAAAGAAAGAGUACAAUGCCCUCCAUCAAAGACACACAGAGAUGAUCCACAGUUACAUGGAGCACUUGGAACCCAAACACCAGCAGCUAACGGGGGAGACAACAGACACUGGAACUUUGGGCAGAAAUAGGAAGGAUCGUCCGGUCUCUUUGGGGAUUUUUUCAUUGCCGGGAAGUGAUGUGAUGACUCCUGAUCUGCACAGGGAAGCUGUGGAUUCUCCAGGGACGGAAACAUGGAGAUACAACAAUCGCAGCCACCCGCGCUCCAAUACCAGUCUGAAGCUGGAGGAAGAUGAGUCCCUCAGGAGGGGGCAGGGUAAGAGUUCACAUGAGAAUCUGGAAACGCAGUGGACCGACACCAGUAAGGAUGAACUUUCUGAUGCCAGUAGGGGGGAUUCCAAAUCCGCCACUCCCAUGUCCACAGCAGUAUCAGAUGUUGCCAUGGCAUCUGUGGACACGCCCCGAACGGAGGAAGCAGAGGGGUUGAACAGAGACCUUGAUUCCAGCAGCGCUAAGCCAGACAGCAGUAACAUCAGGGUACAGGAUGCAGUGGCAACAGAGACGCCAUCUACAGAUAAAAGUGAGAAUGGAGAAAGAUCAGAAGUGCAGGCGAUCAUAGAGUCCACACCAGAACUGGACAUGGACCUGAGUGGAUGCAAAGGGUCUAGCACUCCCACUAAAGGAAUCGAAAACAUGGCCUUUGACCGUAACACUGACUCUCUGUUUGAGGAGCUCUCCACGGCAGGAAAUGAUCUCAUCGGGGAUGUGGAUGAUGGGGCUGAUUUGCUAGGUAUGGGGCGUGAAGUCGAACACCUGAUCCAGGAAAACACUCAGCUACUGGAGACAAAAAAUGCCCUGAAUGUGGUGAAGAAUGAUUUAAUUGCGCGUGUUGAUGACCUGGUGUGUGAGAAAGACGUUGUUCAGGGAGAGCUGGAGGUCCUGAAACAGGCCAAAGACAAACUAGAAGAGAGGAACAAGGAGCUGGAGGACGAAAUCAAAAAAGUCCGGGCAGAGGUGGAGGAGGCCAAACAGAAGGCCAAAGGGGAAGAUGAUAGUGAUGUGCCCACAGCCCAGAGGAAGCGCUUCACACGGGUGGAAAUGGCCCGUGUGCUCAUGGAGAGGAACCAGUAUAAAGAGAGACUGAUGGAGCUGCAGGAGGCCGUCAGAUGGACUGAGAUGAUACGAGCUUCACGGGAGAAUCCAGCCUUGACAGAGAAAAAAAAGUCCAGUAUCUGGCAGUUUUUCAGCAGGCUCUUCAGCUCUUCCUCCAGCAUGACGCCAAAAAAGCCAGACGCACCGGUUAACCUAAAGUACAACGCGCCGACCUCACACGUGGUUCCGUCUGUGAAAAAGAGAAGCAGUACUCUUGCUCAGCUGCCUAGCGACAAAUCCAAAGCCUUUGAUUUCCUCAAUGAGGAGGCUGAGGUUGAGCCGGUUGUGUCACGUAGGGAGCAGAAGAGAGCUCAGUACAGGCAGGUGAAGGCUCAUGUGGAGAAGGAGGAUGGCAGGAUACAGGCUUGCGGAUGGAGUUUACCUCCAAAACACAAGGUUGCCAAUGGUGGACAAGCAGAUAAUAAGAUCAAAAAUUUGCCAGUGCCCGUCUACCUCCGACCUUUAGAUGAAAAAGAUGCUUCCAUGAAGCUGUGGUGCGCUGCUGGAGUGAAUCUGUCGGGCGGUAAGACGCGCGACGGGGGUUCCAUCGUGGGAGCGAGUGUGUUUUAUAAAGAUGUGUCUGGAGGAGAGAGCCACCCCCUCAACCCCAGAAAGAAGAAAGGCUCUCAGAGCAGCCUAGACAGACUGGAGCAGGAGCUCAAUGAGCAGGAAAAGGAACUCAGGCAUCAGGAUGAAUUCUCCAGCUUGGUGUGGAUCUGCACCACCACACACGCCACCUCUAAGAUCGUAGUCAUCGACGCCAACCAGCCCGGAAACAUUCUGGAGAACUUCUUCAUCUGCAACUCUCACGUGCUUUGUAUCGCCAGCGUGCCAGGUGCUCGUGAGACAGACUACCCUGCUGGAGAGGAGGUGUCUGCAGACACUGAGGUCGGUCGGGGUGAAGAGGCUUCAAAAGUCAACUGUACUACCAACUGUAGCUCCAUUAGCUUUGAUGGAGGUCUGGAUAGCGUCGCAGUAGUGAGCUGCUCUGAAGAAGGUCCUGUGGCUAUCCCUCAAACUGUCUGCACAAACUCAAUUGGAUCACCAGACUCGGACCCUUGCAGACAAGAUGCAGUGACAGCAGCAGAAGAAGCUCUGGAGGCCACAGAGAGCAGCAGCAGCACACCUGCUGAUGAGAGCCAGCCCGGGAUCUACACAGAACAUGUGUUUACUGACCCACUCGGGGUGCAGAGCAAUAGAGACACACCGUCCAACUACACACAGAGGGAGAGUGAUCUGGUGAAGGAUGGCGUGACUUCAGUGCCUGAUGAACAGGACCUCAUGAGAGAGGAAGCCAGCAAGAUGAGCAGCGUGCUUCCCACCAUGUGGCUGGGGGCUCAGAAUGGCUGUGUGUACGUGCACUCUUGUGUGGCACAGUGGAAGAAAUGUCUUCACUCCAUCAAGCUUAAGGAUUCUAUUCUUGGGAUUGUUCAUGUGAAAGGACGUGUUCUGGUAGCCUUGGCUGAUGGCACGCUCGCCAUCUUCCACAGAGGUGUUGAUGGCGAGUGGGAUUUGACAAACUACCACCUGUUGGAUCUGGGACGGCCACACCACUCCAUCCGCUGUAUGACUGUAGUGCAUGACAAGGUCUGGUGCGGCUACAGGAACAAGAUCUUUGUGGUUCAGCCCAAAGCAAUGAAGAUAGAGAAAUCCUUUGAUGCCCACCCUCGUAAGGAGAGCCAGGUGAGACAGCUGGCGUGGGAUGGAGAUGGCAUCUGGGUAUCUAUCCGUCUGGACUCCACCCUCAGACUUUUCCAUGCCCACACAUUUCAGCAUCUGCAGGAUGUGGACAUUGAGCCUUAUGUCAGCAAGAUGCUCGGCACCGGUAAGCUGGGCUUCUCUUUUGUGAGGAUCACAGCACUGAUGGUGUCAAGUAACCGAUUGUGGGUCGGAACGGGAAAUGGUGUCAUCAUCUCCAUCCCCAUAUCAGAAUCUUGCAAAGUUGCAGCAGGUUCGCAAAACCAUCCUGGCAGCGCCAUCCGUGUGUACGGCGAUGAGAACAGUGAUAAAGUCACCGCAGGCACCUUUGUGCCUUACUGCUCCAUGGCACAUGCCCAGCUCUGUUUCCAUGGACACAGAGACGCAGUCAAGUUCUUCACUGCUGUCCCAGGGCAAGUGAUCCCAUCUGCAGGGUCAGGGGGUGAAACCGGCACCGACAAGUCUUCAGAGUCACCCACACCUGAGCUGACGAAGUCGGUCCUGGUCAUGAGCGGAGGGGAAGGUUACAUUGACUUCAGGAUGGGAGAUGAAGGGGGAGAAACAGAGGAUUUGAAUGAACCCACAUUAAAGCUGCAGCCCUUCCUUGCCAACGCUGAACGUAGUCACCUUAUUGUGUGGCAGAUUAUGGUCAAUGAGGAGUGACCUUCUUUUAACGUCUCAGUCUUUCAAACAUCCAAAAGAAGCUCACUUUCCAUCAUAAUCAUGAACUUUAUAUUUUCAAUUUUUCCCUUGUGCUCAUGUUUUGCUUUAAGAUAUUUUAAUCAUCGGCCUGUAGGAUGCUAAUAAUGUACAUUAUGGUUAUCAUUUCAAUUAUUUGUCUUCAUUAUAAGUGAAUGUUACUGAAGAUCUUUGCACAAUCGCAUUUGGUAAUACAAGCUGCUCUGUUGUGACCUUGUUAUCUUAUGCAACUAGAUGCUGACAACAAAUAAUAUUGAUGAUGGACAUUUUGGCAGGUUUUCAGUUUCAGUAUUAAGAAUGCACUAGCACAGGAGGAGCUAGAGGAGCUUUGUGUUCUGUGUAAAUGAAACUGUUUGUUGAUGGAAAGAAAAAUGUGCACACACAAAGUGAUUUCUCAACCGUAAAUCACUCCUGUGAGCGUAGAUGCAAUAUCCUUCAUGUUCGGCAGACUUUUAUAUCUGUAUGAAUGUUACGCGGUUACCAAAGGAUACAGUCAAAUGUUUUGAUAGCCCCUUUUAUGACCUCUUGAUUUAAAAGCGAAAGGUUUCGUCUAAAUCAUAGACACGUUUCAAUCUGUUGUUAUGCGAUUCUACAACAACCAUAUUCCAUUGUUAGAACCAUCACUCUUUUGCUGUCUUUUUUCAACUAGAGCGGUUUUCAAAGGAAAGCAACUCCUUUGAGCUGUGUGUAGAUAAGCAUGCAUAGACAAAAGGCUAUUUUUAUGACACUUUUGUACAUUUGUCUUUUAGACUCUAAUCUCUGAUCGCAGGGCUCUGUCAUCAGUCAGGCGCCAUGCUGAAUCUGCACUGUUCUGCUUGCAUUUCGAACUGAGCUGCACUGAAGGGUCUGUGCUUUGUUCGCAGUUAUUUCUUCCCUACAGGAGAGCAGAGAUGACUUCAUUUCGCAAACUAGCCAUUUCAGUAUUUAUUUCUAUGGCCGAGUUUGCAGUUCCGAAUGUAACUUUGUACAUUGAUUAUAAAUAUAUAUAAAAUUAUGUUUGUGAAAUGUAGAGCGCUUGAGUUUUUAAUGGGGAUUGAUGUAUUGCAAUUCACUUGUUGGAGGAUGAUGGGUGGAUCUUUAAUAACUGACUACAGAAAUGUUCCUUAACUGGUCUAUGCACUAUUUUUUUACUUGAGAUCAGGGGUGUGUGUGUUUUGUGAGUCGAUGAGUGUGCACGCCUGCAUUUUAAAACUGUAUGCAACAGGUAGACAGCACUUUACCAUAAUCCCCAAAUUGGUUUAGACACUUUCUGUGAGUUUUGUUAUCAUCGUUCUCACACUGUCUCUGUCAGAUUGCCAUGAAAGAUCUUAGUCCUAUACUUUUAAACAAUCCAUUAAACUGACAGUUUUGGUCAACUUGA